AUCCUCCUCUUUCACACUCCAAACUCCAAACUCUCUCUCUCUCUCUCUCUCUCUCUCUCUCACACACACACACACACACACACACACAUCCUUGAGCUUCUCUCUGUUUCUCCACAAUCCAACAUUCUGCAGUCGGAGCAAAAUCACCAUAUUCUGAAGCUCGUGCGCUAAAAAAGAGCAGAAAUGACUGAAGUAUUCACCAGCACCGCCGGCGGUGGAGGCCAGUACUUGAUCGGAAAGAAACAACAGAUUUUUCCGGUGACGAGACUUCGCGCUGAAUACGACGACGAGCCUGUUUCUCAGCGGCUAGUCAUUGCGACUCAAUCCGACGAUCUCCGCCGAGCUUCCGAGCUCGUUUCUCAUCCAUCCGUCGACGUUAAUUUCAUCGGAACAGUUUGCCUGAAAUCCAGAAAAACAGAGGUCGUGUUGAACGGCGAAUCGGCGAGUGAAGUUCGCGUCGAGUUCGAAGAGUUCAGGACUGACGUCACCGCUCUCUUCCUCGCCGCUCAUAACGGAAAUCUCGCACUCGUCAAAAAAUUACUGAGUGUUGGGGCGAAUGUGAACCAAAAACUGUUUCGAGGGUAUGCAACAACUGCUGCAGUGAGGGAAGGCCACAUCGAGGUGUUGAAGAUACUAUUGAACGGCGGGGCGGCUCAGGCAGCCUGCGAGGAGGCGUUGCUGGAGGCGUGCAACUUGGGGCGGGCCAGAGCUGCCGAGCUGCUCAUGGCUUCGGACAUGAUCCGCCCUCACGUUGCUGUCCACGCCCUUGUCGUUGCCUCGAGCAGGGGAUUCGUUGAUUCCGUUGCAGCUCUCAUUAAGAAUGGAGCUGAUGCUAAUGCAAAUACAAGGAUGCUGCUGCAAUCCUCCAAGCCUUCUCUCCACGCCAAUGUCGAUUGCAACGCGCUUGCUGCAGCUGUUGUUAGCCGACAAACUUCAGUUGUUCAGCUGCUGUUAAAUAUGGGAUGCAGAAGAGAUGCUAAGGUUACGUUGGGAGCUUGGUCAUGGGACUUAGCCACAGGUGAGGAGUUCCGAGUGGGAGCUGGUUUGGCCGAGCCAUAUCCCAUCAUAUGGUGCGCAGUGGAGUAUUUCGAAGCUAGUGGUGCUAUCCUGCGCAUGCUCCUGCAACACUCCUCUCCUAACCUCCCCCAUCUAGGGAGGACGAUCCUCCACCACGCGAUCCUAUGUGGCAACGCGAGAGCUCUCGAGGUGCUCUUGAGCAGCGGCGCUGCCGACACAGAAUCCCCAAUCCAAACAUCUCAGAAUGCAGACAUACGCCCCGUACACUUGGCUGCCCGCCUCGGGCUGGCCACGAUUCUUCGCCUCUUGAUCAAUGCCGGCUGUGAUGUGAACUCCAGAACGGGGUGUGGGGAGACUGCGUUGAUGAUGUGUGCUCGACACAAGCACGAGGAGUGCCUCAAGCUUGUGGCUUCAGCAGGGUCUGAUUUUGGCUUGUGUAACGUCACCGGUCAGUCUGCAAUGUCAAUUGCUGGACUAGCACGGUGGAGCCUCGUCUUCCAGCAGGCGGUUUUGGAGGUGAUUCGAGCUGGGAAAAUUGCACGAUCAAGCAAUCCUGAGGCGUUUUCGUCUCUGCUGUUUGUGGCUCGAGCAAAUGAUGUGGAGGCCAUGACGAAACUGAUCAAGCAUCAAGAUUUGGACAUUGAUGAGAGAGAUGAUGCUGGAUUCUCUGCGGUGAUGGUUGCUGCCGCAGGUGGUCAUGUCGAGAUCUUUAGGCUGCUCGUGAAUGCCGGAGCUGAUGUGGAGCUGCAGAAUAAGUACGGCGAGACGGCGAUCAGCUUAGCAAAAGCAAGCCAAAAAAGAGAUGCAUUUGCAGAGAUUUUAUCAUCUACGAAUGGUGAUACGAUCAAGCCCGAUCUGCAUCGUGCUGCUCGCUUCGGAAACCAAGAUUUGGUUCAAGAACUAGUGAGUAAUGGCUUCGAUGUUAAUCUCCUCAAUUGCGAUGGAUAUAGUCCAUUGAUGUUGGCAGCUAGAUCAGGCGAUGGGAGUAUGUGUGAGCUUCUGAUCUCGUUGGGGGCGAAGUGCGAUUUGAAAAACGCGAGGCACGAGACCGCGCUCUCGCUGGCGGACGGGGCCGGGGCGGAGCGGGUGAUACUCGACAAGCUUGCUCGCGAGCUAGUGACGGGAGGGGCUCGCGUGAAGAAGCACACCAAGGCGGGGAAGGGGACGCCCCACGCCAAGGUGUUGCGGAUGGUGGAGGCCGGAGGGGUGUUGAGCUGGGGGAAGUCGAGCCGGAGGAAUGUGAUCUGUCGAGGGGCCGAGGUGGGCCCGAGCUCGACGUUCCGGUGGAACCGGCGGAGGAAGAGCGACGGUGAGGAUCAAGGGUUGUUCCGGGUGGUGACUACGAAGAAUCAAGAGUUUCAUUUUUCUUGCUGUGGUGGAGCUGAAGUGGCCGAGUUGUGGGUGAGGGGAAUAAGGCUAGUGACUCGUGAAGCUAUUUUUGGGAGUAAAUGAAAGAGAUGUAUAGACGUUUAGUAUACUUUUUUUGGGGGGAAUUGUAUUUUCAUUCUUAUAGUAUGUAUAAUUUAUACGUUUUUAAUUAAAUUAUAAAUAAUUUAAAUAGAAAUUAUAGCAAAA